AUGAUUCAACUAUUUUUAAAAGGAGACGAAUUUAACUACGAUGAAGGAAGUGGAAGGGGACCGUCGAGUUGGGGCACACUCAAUUUAAACUGCAGCGCCGGACUACGGCAAUCUGCGAUCGAUAUCCGACCGGUCCAAGUUAGUUCUGAGCUGAGAGAGUUGCAAAGGAACUACAGAUAUGCUGCAGCUGAUUUGAGGAACAGAACUAUAGAUGUCGCCGUAAAUUGUGGUCUUUACAGGGAAUGGGAACUUACCAUAAAUGGAAGAGCUUAUAGAGUGCAAAAUAUUCACUGGCAUUCACCCUCGGAGCACACUUUCGACGGAGUAAGGUUUCCCUUGGAGGUUCACAUUGUUCAUCGCAGUGACCAAAAUGACACUGCAGUUGUGUCCAUACUUUACCGUUAUGGCCUGCCUGACCCCUUCCUUGCAACCGUUCGUGGUGGCUUUUAUAGCCCCACAGUGUCUUCUCGGACCGGAUAA